CGACGAUUUGAAAUUCGGCACAUCAGUCGAGUCAGCAAACCGACAAAAAGACACGUCCCGCAUCAAAAGCAGGCAGACCGAUAGCCAGCCAGACAGACAGACAAAUAUACAAACGCAACCGGAACUCGUGACACUCGCAGACAGACUUCUGUAUGUAGUACUGUAUGUAUAUGUGUGUGCAGACGUACAUUUGAAUGUCUCCAUCCAGUGUGCUGGCUAAGCGUUAGGGUAGUGUGGCAGCAAACGCAAGAGUUUUGCGUCCUCUGCCAAGAGGCGGGAGAGAAUGUGGACUGACCAGUAGGGCUCGAAGGCAGAGGGCGGCCACGUCCCGAGCUCGUUCCUGCGCCUUUCGACGAUUUUGUCGUACUUGUGGUAGCCCGGAAAGAUCAUGUUGGCGACAUGCGGUGCGCCUGCUGGCGAGUCAUAGUCGAUGUGGCUCUUGCAGAAGUGCUCCAUCGUCAUGUCCUCUGCGAGCAACUCCAUGUACCAGCCCUCGGGAAGAAUCUCCGUCCCCUAGCCGAGCAAGCAGACAGACAACAGACAGACAGACAGACGGACACAAUGACCGCAUAAAUGCAUGAGCACUCGCGUGUUGUGCCGCUGACCGCUUGGACAUUGAGGCAGUAGGCAAAGCCGUCGGAGGUCGCCAGGUGCACAAAGCACUCAUCGGGAUUGUUGUAGUCAUAAACCAUCGUACAGACGCCCCUCGCUGUGCCGAUCAAACGCAUGUCGUGUUGUAGCUGGACCGUGAUGGGCUGAUUGCUUACACACGGCAAGCCGUUGUCGCAGGCUAAGCCUCCCUCCAUGGUCGCAGCGAACAUCAGCUCGAAGAACUGGGUCUCGACCUCCACCGAGCCAAAACCAAGGUCACCACGUCUCUUCUUUUUCUCGGAGUGAGGGACCUCGUCGACCUGUUUGAAGUUGAUGAUGCACUGCGCCCCUGCACGACACACACACCGGUCGCCAUAGAAGGACGCUAUGUGUGUGUGUGCGUGUUAUCCCCCUGCCCUCCCUCACCGCCGGGAAUCGGCGGCACAAUCUCCGCUGCAUGAAUGCCCACAGAACAAAGCAAGGAUGCGGUUCCAGUGCGGCUCUUUGUCUUUGUUUCGAUGCGUGCCCACCUCUACUGGUGCCAGUACGGGUCGCCACAGUGACUCGGGCCUCCUUCAGCGGAAGGCCACCCCCUGCAAGCCAAAGAUGGGAGCAAGGAGGGGAAAAAGGAUGCGUCCGUGCCAUAUUUGUAGGUCUCUUGUGGGUAGGCGAUGCAUACGUGCUCCCAAGAGGCUGCUGCUACGGCUCAGGGUUUCGAUGGCCUUCUCGUUUACGCCUUGGGCUGCUCGAAUCGACGACCGGACAGCCUGGAGUUGGUUGCGCAGCUUGGGGGCCCUCUGACGGGAGGCAGAUACAUCGGCAAAUGAGGUGCCUGCAAGGCAAUGCAUCCAUCCAUCCAUCCAUCCAUCCAUCGACAAGGAGCCAACAAUGAGGCAUACAGAUGUCUUGUCUGUGCAUGCAUGGUCUUUGCAAUGAUGUCUGACGAGUACCGUUGUGGGGGCUGUCGAUGUGGCAGCCCUCCUCACUGCAAAAGUGUACACCAUUGCUGGAGUGGGCGAGAGCGAUCAGCAGGAAAGGCGCGAGGACCAACAGCAUUUUCGAUGGAGUUCAG